AUGGACAUCGACAUCGCUGAUAUUCUCGCCGACAUCUCUCGCUCUCAGAACUACACAUCCUCCUCAUCAUCCCACCAUUACUCACCCAGCGACACCGACGCCUUUACAGACCACCAACUCCUAACGCGAGCAUGGCAGUCCGAGCGCUGCGCCCCAGAUCUGCUACCAUACCCGACCGACCUGAUGACACGCGUCAUGUCCCGGGUGCAGGCUCAAAUAUCGCGCAUCGAGGACCUCGCUAGCGGGAUGGGCGACGACUACACGAUCAACGGCAUCGCCAAGCAAGGCGGCAUGCAGAACGCGAAUCUCGUGCUCGCGAUCUUACAGACCGAUCUGUCACGCACACAGUUCCUCGUCCGGAGCCUGUUGCGCCAGAGGUUGGCAAAGAUCACAAAGUACGCCACGUAUUACCUGGCCGAGCAUCUGGAUUCGGAGGGUGGAACAAGCGCGACCAUGUCUCAGUCUGAGGUUGCUUUUCUACGACAUCAUCAGGCAUUGUUGGGUGAGUUGUAUGACAGCAGCUUUCUGAACGCGUUCCCGCAGGCCUUGAGGAGGUUGGACGAUUCGAGCGGUGGAGUGGCGAUGGUUGAGGGGCCAGACGUGAGUAAGGCCGUGAUUGUGCGGUGUUUGACUGAAGGGACGUGGAGCAACGAGAGGGAUCUUGACGAUGCGAAAGAUUUGGGCCACGAUGAAGGCGCGAAUGUUGCGCUGAGGAUGAGACGAAACGAGGUUUGGCUUGUCAGGUGGAGGGAUGUCAAGAAGGGGGUCGAACGAGGAGAGGUCGAGUUAUUAUGA